CUGAUUCUGACACACAUGCACGCUCAAGCACGCACACACUCACACACAUACAAACACACACACACAGCAACCCUGCAGACGGACAGAAGGACGACGCAAAGAGGAAACAGGAUUAAACAACAGAAACUAAAACAGGAAACAAAAAGGAAGAAAGCAGAGAGGCGCAGGAAACUACCAGGAAACAGAAAGCGUCACAAACUGGAGGAAUCUGAGCUGCUGGGCAGCAGCAGCGUCUGUAACGACGAACCCGUCCUCCUCGUGUGACACCAACAACAGCUGCAGCCCUCUCCAUCACACUUCGGUCCAUUUGUGGAUCCUGCCGGUGUCCGAGCCAAGACAGGCUAUUUAAGGAGGAACGUAGAAAAGGGUGCUGUGUGUCGUGUCUGAGGGAAGGCUCUGAUUUUAAUCUGCUGUGAGGUAAAGAGAUCUGCAGCAAAGCAAUGGCGCCUAAGAAGAGGGCUCCUCGUCCGAGGAAAGCUGGCAUGGACUCCGUCGGUCAGGUCGCCAUGGAGACUGGCUCGGCAUCACUGACGGUGGAGAGUCGAGGAGAUGGCGUGGUGGUGGUGGAGAGCGGCGUGAACAAGAUCGAGCAGAUGGCAGCGCUGGACAUCGCUCAGCUCAACAGCCUGAACCUGCCGCUGCCACCGCCCGUUGUCAAAUCCGGGGAGCGCGGCCUCGGCCUGGGCAGUGAACUCACACGACCCCUCCACGGGAACGCUCUUCUGGAGGAGCUCAGCAAGAUGCGCCAAGAGAAGUUCCUGACGGACCUGGAGCUGGCCUGUAAGACUAAAGCCUUCGACGUCCACAAGCUGGUCAUCUCUUCCAUCAGCCAGUACUUCAGAGAGAUUCUGGCCAAAGACCCUGGAAUGAAGCGGCUGGAGCUCCCCUCUCUCUCCCCUCUGGGUCUUGCAAACGUCAUCACCUUUGCCUACCUGGGACGCGUCCACAUGUCCCUCUACACAAUCGGCUGCACCGUCUCCGCCGCCGCCACCCUUCAGAUCCCACAGCUGCUGAAGAUGUGCAUGGACUUCCUGCUGGCAGAGCUCAAUGUGCAGACCUGCGUCUACGUCUGGAACAUCGCCGCCGCCUAUGGCCUGCGUCCCGUCUGCGAUGCCGCCCGACGCUUCGUCCUGGAGAAUUUUGUGCAGUUUGCGGCGACGCCGCUCUUCACACAGCUGACCCUGGAGCAGAUCUCCGCCUUCCUUCAGGAUGACUCGUUGCUGCUUCCAUCAGAGCUCACAGCCUUCCAGCUCGCCAUGAAGUGGUUGGACUUUGACGCCUCUCGUCAGCCUCACGCCGCCGAGCUUCUGUCCCACGUCCACUUUGAGACGAUCCCGGCCAGCGAGCUGGUGAGCCAGAUCCAGCCGGUGCCCCGUAUGAUGCUGGACCCCCAGUGUCACCGCCUGCUGGUGGACGCCAUGAACUACCACCUGCUGCCUUACCAGCAGAACACCCUGCAGUCCCGACGCACUCAGGUCCGCGCCAGCCAGCCGACCCUGCUCACCAUCGGAGGACGCCCGUCUCUGACUGAGAGAGCUCUGAGCCGUGAGGUGUUGUGGAGGGACCCUCGUGAAGGAGGAGCCACCUGGCGCCACCUGACCCAGCUGCCAGCAAAGAGCUUCAACCAGUGCGUGGCUGUGAUGGACGGCUUCCUGUACGUGGCAGGAGGAGAGGACCAGAAUGACGCUCGGAACCAGGCCAAACACGCUGUCAGCACACUCAGCAGGUACGACCCCCGCUUCAACACCUGGCUCCACCUGACCGGCAUGCGUCAGCGCCGGACCCACUUCUCCCUGGCUGCCAGCGGCGGCCGCCUUUUCGCCAUCGGCGGCCGUAAUGUGGAGGGUCUCCUGGCCACCACCGAGAGCUACCUGCCCUCCUCCAACACCUGGCAGAUGCGUGCACCCAUGGAGUCGCCCCGCUGCUGCCACUCCAGCGCCACCCUGCCCUGCGGAGACAUCCUGGUGACCGGCGGCUACAUCAGCUGCGCCUACUCCCGCUCCGUGGCGCGCUACAGCUUGGAGAGCGACUCCUGGAGCGAGCAGACCCCCUUGGACACCCCCCGCGGCUGGCACUGCUCCGCCACCCUCGGAGGGAAGGUGUACGUGGUGGGUGGAAGCCAGCUGGGGCCCGGAGGGGAGCGGGUGGAUGUCUUGUCGGUGGAGGUGUUCUCCCCGGAGGGCGGAACCUGGAGCCGGGCUGCCCCGCUGCGCCUGGGGGUCAGCACCGCCGGCCUCUCCCCGCUGGCCGGCAAGCUGUACCUGCUGGGGGGCUGGAACGAGGCAGAGAAGCGCUACAAGGCGGCCGUGCAGACGUACGAGCCGGCCACAGACAGCUGGUCCAGGGCCGAGGACCUCCCGGAGCCCACGGUGGGGGUGUCCUGCUGCACCCUCAGCCUCCCGCCCCGCCACGCCCCGCGCCGGCAGCAGCACCGCAACACACCCGGUCACGAAGACCCGCAGCAGGCCGGGAAGAACCGCAGCGAGACCCCAACACACACCGGCAGGGCAUAGGGGGGAGAGCUGGGUCGGAACCGACACCGUUACUAGAACGGUUCUAAAGGUCUGCGGGAUCUAACACGGAAUUCAUUUGUUUUAGAAAGAAAUUAAUUUAAAACAAAAAGUAAAAAAAAAAAAUAAAGCUACAAAAUCCUGAUACGUUUUUUAAUUUCUACUGAUGAAAACAUCAAAUGAUCUUUAAUCCUGUCGCAGAUCCAGGAGAAGGCUGGAAGGAAACAAACCUGCAAGGUCUGAGAAGGUAAAGGUGGAUUUGAGGGGUGGAGCAGGUGGAUGGAGGUGAAGGGUGGAGAGAAAGAGCUGAUGAGGUGUCUGAAGAACAUCAGGUGAAGGUGAAACCGAUGCACCUGAGGAUGCAGCGGAGUACUAAAAACACGGUUUUAAUCAGUAAAAUACAAGUUUAUAAAAACGUUUUAAAUGUUAAUUUUUACUUUAAAAAGCAACUAGAAUCAGAUUUGAAUAAAACUUCUAUAAUUAGGAAACUGGACAAAGUUUAUGUUCUCAUCCAAACACUAAUUAUCCUGAAGCCACCAGGUGAGACCAACACCUGCGGGAGGAACUCAAGAGGGCUUUUAUUCACCGACAGAAUUUCUCUGAUAGAGGCUGUAAAGUGAAAAUCUGGAUGUUUGCUCGAGUUUCACUGAAUAAAAGAAAACUAAAACCA